GGUGAAUAACAGAACACUCAACAUGGCCAACAUGUACAUGGUAUGCCUUAUUUUUGUUUUGACUAUGACUGUAGUUCAUUGUGCUACACAACCGGACUGUACGUCUUUAACCUGUGCGACAGCACAACACUGCGGCUGGACAUGCAUCCAUACUGGAACGCAAGGAAGCAGUGGUAACACCACCAAUUGCACAACUGCCAAUACCUGUACAAUAGGAGGAACUACAGGGACAUGUACACCUAUUUGUUUGCCGAAGUCUGGCACACCACCAGCAAAUCACACGGUAGCACCAAACAGAUCAGGCACACCACCAGCAAAUCACACGGUGGCACCAAACGUGAACAGAUCAGGCAAAAAUGGAUCCAUAAGGCAUGGAGUAUCUUCCCUGAUGCUGAUGUGUGUAAUUUUCACCAAACUGUUUCUACGCCCGUGAUAGCAGCCCUAUCAGAUACAUGUUUGUAAUCCCGAAAUCUGCAUCGCAUGUUGAACACAAUGACGGAUGGCAUCUGAUCUGUUUCAAGACUAUUAUAUAAAAGACAUAAUCAAUGUGAAUUCUGUCACAAUCAGAUCAAUUGUAUCGGAUAUUUCUACAAGACCUGUUAUGAUGAUAAAAGACUAUUAAACAAUUGCAUACUAAUUAUACAAACUUGAACGCUUUUACUAGACUUUCGCAUGCAUUGAAACAUAUUGUGUUGAGCUGCGAUUUUAGAUGUGAUAUAUUAUUCUUUAUGAAGGAUUAACUCAAAAUAAGUAUUUAUAAUCCUUGUAGUAUUGCUGUGAUGUUUGACUACUUUUAUACUGAAAAUAAAAAGCACAUAUGUUAUU